GGAGAAAUUUACGAUGCCUUGGACAUGCUCACCAGGGAAAAUGUUGCACUGAAGGUAGAAUCAGCUCAACAACCAAAACAAGUUCUGAAAAUGGAAGUUGCUGUUUUGAAAAAGCUGCAAGUGCACCAACCUGAGUAGAACUGAUGUUUUUCUGUUUAUUCCCUUGGAUGAAAAGUAUGCCCCAGCCUGAAUUUAAUGUAUCCUGGAACUUGGAAGUGAGCAUUGACAUGGACAGAAAAUGCAUCAAGAGAAGCCUUCUAGUUCUGACUCAAGGAGGAGGAAAGGGGUCUCCUAAUGCCCAGAGAAAGCAUGGAAAUCCUACAUCUUUCUCUCUUUUUUUAUUUUCUUUAUUCUCUUAUACCCAGGCCUCAAAACAGUUCUUGAUAGUGGCUGCAGUGGCCUUAAUGGGGGCAGGCAAGAGCCUAAAAUAGAGAGAAUUCUUCCUCUCAGAUUGGAGGAGCUGUGGUCUGAAAAAAGUUGGGCAAAUCCCUAACUGCUUUUUUUCUCCCUUUGCUGUUGCCCUUGCCUGAUGUGAGCACAGUCAUGGAAAGCACUCUGCAGAGUGCUGUUAAUAAAACCCCAGAGUUCUACUGGAAGACUGGAAAAGGGGAGCCCCAGUGAAAUGAAAGAUUGUAGAAGAGGGAGGAACUUGGGAAACUGACCACCUAAAGUUGCUUGUGGACUCUUGAGCUGACCUCCAAGCUGUGCAUGCAUAGGUCUGAUCCUAAACAGCAUAUAUGGACUUUGAGAAUUGAAUUAUGGAAUAGACCACUACCUACAUCCCAAACUGGAAAUUAUGUGGGGUUACUUAUGGAACACAUUAAAUAUAACUGCAAAAGUUUUGCAAACUGAACUGUCAUUAGAAAUACAACCUACAGAAGGCUGGUCAGAACUUGAAGCAUGAACUCAACUGGGCCAAUGACUGGCUAAAGCAAAAAUACCAAUAUUCAUGGUGGGACUUGAAUAAGACCUAGAGUCUCAUGAUAUAAUAUUCAAAAUGUCUAGAAUACAACCUAGAAUCACCCUGCUUAAAAAGAAUCGGAAACAUCUGAACUCACGUAGAAAAAGAUAGAAUAUAGAUACCAAUGCCAGGAUCAUACAGAUAUUAAAAUUAUAUCAAAGAGACUUUAAAUCAGAUUAAGACUUUGCUCCAGGAAUGAGCAGGAAGACAGACAGUCUUAGCAAGGGAAUAGAAUAUAUUAAGAACAAUGAAAUGGAACAUUUAGACCCAGGAUGUGCAAUAACAGACAUAAAAAACUCAAUGUAUUCAAUAGCAGAAUGGACAUGGUAGAUGAAAGAGUCACUGAACUUGAAAACAGAUCAAUAGAAAUGAUCUAACCUGAACAACAAAGGAAAAACAUGUAAAAGAAUAAAUAGAGCCUCAGUGACCUAUGAGUAAUACCAAAACAUCUAACAUUUGUGUCAUCAGCAACCCAGAAUAAGAAGAGACUGAGUUUGAUGCAGCAAAGAUAUAUAAAGAAAUAAUGACAUACAGACUUAAAAGGAGUAAAUAAAACUGUUCCUGUUUGUGGAUGACAUGAUUUGUCAAUAUAGAAAAUCCCAAUAAUCUAUAAAAACUUCCUAAAAUAAAUGAGUUUAGCAAGCGAUACAAGAUCAGGCCACAAAAAGCAACCAUAUUUCCGUGUACUAGAAAUGAACAAUUGAGAACUGAAUUUUUUGAAAAUUUCAAUAGCUCUGAAAAAAUGAAAUAUGUAGGUUAUAAAUGCAACAAAGUAUAUGCAGGAGUUUUAUGCUGAAAACUUUAUAAAACCCUGAUUAAAGAAAUACAAGAAGAUUUAAAUAAAUGGAGAGGCAUACCAUAUUCAUGAAUUGGAAGGUUCACUAUAGUAAAGAUAUUGAUUCUCCCCAAAUUGAUUUAUAGAUUUAAUGAAAUAAUAAUAAAAAUCCCAGUAGUACUUUUUGUAGUUAUAGAGAAGCUGAUUCUGAAGUUAAUAUUGAAAGGCAAAGGACCUAGAGUAGCAAAAACGAUGUUGGAAAAGAAGAAUAAUGUUGGAAAAAAAUUAAACUACAUAGAGAAUAGACUUUAAAUGUUCUUCUCAUUAGAAAUGUUGUGUUUGUGAGGCAUGCUGUUAGUUUGAUUGAGCCAUUCCACAGCGUAUACAUGUCUUCAAAGCAUCAUGUUUAUACAAUAAAUAUAUAUAAUUUCAGUCAAUUAAAAAAUGCAUAGUGAGAUCACCAUCUCUACAAACUAAUUUAAAAAAAAAAAAAAAAGGCUCAACGUGGUGGUACAUGCCUAUAGUCCUCUGCUGUUUGGGAGGCUGAAAUGGGAGGAUUGCCAGAGUCCAGGAGUUUGAGUGCACUAUGAUUGUGCCACAGUACUACAACCUAGGUGACAGAGUGAGAUCCUGUCUAAAAAUAUAAAAUAUAAGCAAAAAAAAAGAAAAAUCAAACUAUAUGAUUUUAAAACUUAGUACAGAACUAGGAUAAUCAAGACAGUGGUAUUGGCAAAGGCAUAGACAUAUAGAUCAAAUGAAAUAAAAUAGUUUUUGGACAUAGGCUAACCCAUACAAAGAAGGCCAAUAAUAAUCUACAAAGUUGCAAAGGCAAUUCAGUGGAAAAUGAACAGUCUUGGUGUUGGAACUAUUGGGCAUCCUUAUAAAAAAAUAAUGAACCUCUGCCUAAACCACACACAUACAAAAAUUUACUUAAGGUGUAUCACUCAUCUGAAUGUGAGAGAUAAAGCUGUAAAACUUUUAGAAGAAAACAUGGAGAAGAUCUUUGUAACUUGAGUUUAGGCAAGAAGCUUGUCAGAUGACAACAAAAGCAUGAUUCAUAAAAUAAAAAGAUUGAUAAUUUGGAUUUCAUUAGGUUAAAAACUUUGCUUGCAAAAGACAUUAUGAAGAAAAUGAAAGACAAGUUACAAGGUGGAAGAAAAAUAUUUGCAAAUCACCUGUAAAGGACUUAUUUUCAGAAUGCAUAAAGCGCUCUGAAAACUCAACAAUAAGAUAACAGUUUAAUUAAAAAUAUUUAAUAAGCUUUUACAGGUACUUAAAAGAAGAAAUAGAGUGUAAAAUGAGUUCAUGAGAUGUUUAACAUAACUAAACAUUAGGAGAAUGCACAGUGAGAUACCACUGCACACCAUUAGAAUGGCUUAAACUGUGCUGACUGACUGGCUGCUGAUUGGGGCUCCCUUGAUCCCCCCCUCCGCCUUGGGUUUGAUUAAUGUGCUAGAAUGACUCACAGAACUCAGGGAAACAUGUUUACAUAUUGCAAAGGAUACAGAUGAACAGCUGGAUGAAGAGAUGGAUAAGGGGAAAGACCAUGUUUGUAGAUUUAUUGGCUGUGGGAGGAAUGAUCGAUUCAACUAUGUGGUCAUGCAGCUGCAGGGUCGUAAUCUGGCAGAUCUUCGCCGUAGUCAGUCCCGAGGCACAUUCACCAUCAGUACUACUCUCCGGCUGGGUAGACAGAUUUUGGAGUCUAUAGAAAGCAUUCAUUCUGUGGGUUUCUUGCACCGAGACAUCAAACCGUCGAACUUCGCUAUGGGUCGCUUUCCUAGUACAUGUAGGAAAUGUUACAUGCUUGAUUUUGGCUUGGCUCGACAAUUUACCAAUUCCUGUGGUGACGUCAGACCACCUCGAGCUGUGGCAGGGUUUCGAGGGACAGUUCGUUAUGCAUCAAUCAACGCUCAUCGGAACAGGGAAAUGGGAAGACAUGAUGACCUUUGGUCCUUAUUCUACAUGUUGGUGGAAUUUGUGGUUGGUCAGCUGCCUUGGAGAAAAAUAAAGGAUAAGGAGCAAGUAGGCUCUAUUAAGGAGAGAUAUGACCACAGGCUCAUGUUGAAACAUCUCCCUCCAGAAUUCAGCAUCUUUCUAGACCAUAUCUCUUCUUUGGAUUAUUUUACAAAACCAGACUACCAGCUUCUUACAUCCGUGUUUGACAAUAGCAUCAAGACUUUUGGAGUAAUUGAGAGUGAUCCUUUUGACUGGGAGAAGACUGGAACUGAUGGCUCCCUAACAACCAUCACUACUUCUACCACCCCUCAGUUGCACACUCGCUUGACCCCUGCUGCAAUUGGAAUUGCCAAUGCCACUCCCAUCCCAGGAGACUUGCUUCGAGAAAAUACAGAUGAGGUAUUUCCAGAUGAACAGCUUAGUGAUGGAGAAAAUGGCAUCCCUGUUUGUGUGUCACCAGAUAAAUUGCCUGGAUCUCUGGGACAGCCUCGUCCCCAGGAGAAGGAUGUUUGGGAAGAGAUGGAUGCCAACAAAAACAAGAUAAAGCUUGGAAUUUGUAAGGCUGCUACUGAAGAGGAGAACAGCCAUGGCCAAGCAAAUGGUCUUCUCAAUGCUCCUAGCCUUGGGUCACCAAUUCGUGUCCGCUCAGAGAUUACUCAGCCAGACAGAGAUAUUCCAUUGGUGCGAAAGUUACGUUCCAUCCACAGCUUUGAGCUGGAAAAACGUCUGACCCUGGAGCCAAAGCCAGACACUGACAAGUUCCUUGAGACCUGCCUGGAGAAAAUGCAGAAAGAUACCAGUGCAGGAAAAGAAUCUAUUCUCCCUGCGCUGCUUCAUAAGCCUUGCAUUCCUGCUGUGUCCCGUACUGACCAUAUCUGGCACUAUGAUGAAGAAUAUCUUCCAGAUGCCUCCAAGCCUGCUUCUGCCAACACCCCUGAGCAGGGAGAUGGUGGUGGCAGCAAUGGAUUUAUAGCGGUUAACCUGAGCUCUUGCAAGCAGGAGAUUGAUUCCAAAGAAUGGGUGAUUGUGGACAAGGAGCAGGACCUUCAAGAUUUUAGGACAAAUGAGGUUGUAGGACAUAAAACAACUGGAAGUCCUUCUGAUGAGGAGCCUGAAGUGCUUCAAGUCUUGGAGGCAUCACCUCAAGAUGAAAAGCUCCAAUUAGGUCCUUGGGCAGAAAAUGAUCAUUUAAAGAAGGAAACCUCAGGUGUGGUCUUAGCACUUUCUGCAGAGGGUCCUCCCACUGCUGCUUUGGAACAAUAUACAGAUAGACUGGAACUCCAGCCUGGAGCUGCUAGUCAGUUUAUUGCAGCGACACCCACAAGUCUAAUGGAGGCGCAGGCAGAAGGACCCCUUACAGCGAUUACAAUUCCUAGACCUUCUGUGGCAUCUACGCAGUCAACUUCAGGAAGCUUUCACUAUGGUCAGCAGCCAGAGAAGAAAGAUCUUCAGCCCAUGGAGCCCACUGUGGAACUUUACUCUCCAAGGGAAAACUUCUCUGGCUUGGUUGUGACAGAGGGUGAACCUCCUAGUGGAGGAAGCAGAACAGAUUUGGGGCUUCAGAUAGAUCACGUUGGUCAUGACAUGUUACCCAACUUUAGAGAAAGUAACCAAUCUCAAGAUCUGGGACCAAAAGAACUUCCUGAUCAUAACAGACUGGUUGUGGGAGAAUUUGAAAAUCUCCCUGGGGAAAAUGAAGAGAAAAGCAUCCUUUUAGAGUCAGAUAAUGAAGAUGAGAAGUUAAGUAGAGGGCAGCAUUGUGUUGAGCUCUCCUCUCUCCCAGAUUUGUUAAUGGUGGAAAAGGAUCACUCAGCUACUACUGAACCUCUUGAUGUGACAAAAACACAGAAUUUUAGUGUGGUGCCAAAUCAAGACAAAAAUAAGGAGGUAAUGAAGCUUCUGACAGUUGGAACUUCAGAAAUUUCUCCCAGAGACAUUGACCCACAUGUUGAAGGUCAGAUAGGCCAGGUGGCAGAAAUGCAAAAAAGUAAGAUAUCUAAGGAUGAUGACAUCAUGAGUGAAGACUUGCCAGGUCAUCAAGGAGACCUCUCUACUUUUUUGCACCAAGAGGGUAAGAGAGAGAAAAUUGCCCCUAGAAAUGGAGAACUGUUUCAUUGUGUUUCAGAGAAUGAACAUGGCGCCCCAACCCGGAAGGAUAUGGUUAGGUCAUCCUUUGUAACUAGACACAGCCGAAUCCCUGUUUUAGCACAAGAGAUAGACUCAACUUUGGAAUCAUCCUUUCCAGUCUCUGCAAAAGAAAAGCUCCUCCAAAAGAAAGCUUAUCAGCCAGACCUAGUCAAGCUUCUGGUGGAAAAAAGACAAUUCAAGUCCUUCCUUGGCGACCUCUCAAGUGCCUCUGAUAAAUUGCUAGAAGAGAAACUAGCUACUGUUCCUGCUUCCUUUUGUGAGGAGGAAGUUCUCACUCCCUUUUCAAGACUGACAGUAGAUUCUCACCUGAGUAGGUCAGCUGAAGAUAGCUUUCUGUCACCUAUCAUCUCCCAGUCUAGAAAGAGCAAAAUUCCAAGGCCAGUUUCAUGGGUCAACACAGAUCAAGUCAAUAGCUCAACUUCAUCUCAGUUCUUUCCUCGGCCACCACCAGGAAAGCCACCCACGAGGCCUGGAGUAGAAGCCAGGUUACGCAGAUAUAAAGUCCUAGGGAGUAGUAACUCUGACUCAGACCUUUUCUCCCGCCUGGCCCAAAUUCUUCAAAAUGGAUCUCAGAAACCCCGGAGCACUACUCAGUGCAAGAGUCCAGGAUCUCCUCACAACCCCAAAACACCACCCAAGAGUCCAGUUGUCCCUCGCAGGAGUCCCAGUGCCUCUCCUCGAAGCUCAUCCUUGCCUCGCACGUCUAGUUCCUCACCAUCUAGGGCUGGACGGCCCCACCAUGACCAGAGGAGUUCAUCCCCACAUCUGGGGAGAAGCAAGUCACCUCCCAGCCACUCAGGAUCUUCAUCCUCCAGGAGGUCCUGCCAACAGGAGCAUUGCAAACCCAGCAAGAAUGGCCUGAAAGGAUCUGGCAGCCUCCACCACCACUCAGCCAACACUAAAACCACCCCAGGGAAGAGUAAGCCAGCCAGUAAACUCAGCAGAUAGGAGCCAGGCUGCAUCUCUUUGAAAGGUGUGAGAUCUUCCUCCUAACCCUGAUGCAUGUGUGUCCCUGUACUGUCUGUUUAAAAAAAUCAGUGUUGAUCUUCUCUUGCAAAAGAAAGUAACAUGAUCAUUAUUUAUAAGAAGACAUAAAUACAUGAUAAGGAAUUACCUAAGGCAGGCAGCAAGCAGAUCAGGAAUCAAUGUCUUUGUACAAAAAAUAGAGCAAAAAUCCAAGGGGGAGAAACUCAUUAAUAUGAGCUCUCAUUUUUAAGCUGCCUUUGAAACAAAAGAGUUGAGGACAGGAGACAGAAUGGAAUUUUAGGGAGUUUGCCUAAUUUAUUUAAGCUUCACCUCAAAGAUUAAAUAGCAAAAGUGAAACUUCUUGUUUGAUAUUUUCAUUCAAAACUUUCCCACCCUGCAGAGUCAUUGAUCAGAUACUGUAUUAUGUAAGAAGUCUGUUGCCAGGGAGCCAGUACCGUAUAUUUGGCAUGUGUGUUUAUUUUGUGUAUUGAGAAUGAGCACCUUUACUUUGCCUCAUUUCUAGUACCCUCCCUGGACUUCAGAUUUUUUUUAAGUUUAGUAUGUCUUAUUUGAUUCAGUCUUUCUGCUUUUAUUUUAUGGUCCUAAUUGUACUUUCAAAUCCAAUUACUUUUUUUUAGUUCCCUGAUUUUUUUUUUAGAGCAACAGUUCUUAACUUACUAUGUUUUUAUUAUGAAAAAUAAGAAACUUAGGUAAAGGAAAGAAAAGUCUAACUAGAGCUACUUUGCAGGAUUUAGUGUUUAGGGAGAGAAAGAAAAUGUGGGGGAAUAGCCUUCAAGAUAGAAGAACCCCCUUCCUCCCUGUUAAGUGUCCUCCUUUAGAAACUUGAGUAGAAAGAAAACUGACCAGAGUAGACUGCUUCCUUAAGUCUUCUGAGUUCCAGCUGUUUCUAAUAUCAGCCUCCAAGAUGAUACUAGGGAAGCACAAUGCUUUGGAAUAUGACUUGAGAUUUAGAAAUAAAUUAGAUGUAUUACCGAGGCUUAGAAUCCUCAAACUUUGUAUUUUAUACAUUUAGCCAAUAAGGAAUUAAUAUCUGGGGAAAUAAAUUUAGGCUAAAUAUUUCUCUUUUAAUGUUUUAUUACCUGCUUCUCCUGUGUUUUAGUUCAAUAUUUGGGCUUCUUGGCCUGAUUUUCAUAUAAUCUCAAUUUAUGAAGCUGUAAAGACGAAGAUACUUGUUCUAAUCUCACUCUUCUAACAGGAAUCAGGCAAAAUGAAAGUAUACCAGACAUUUUAAAUGGGCUCUUUUAUACUCUCUAGGUGUUUUGUGUUGUAAAAGGUCAGGUAAAUUGGUCUGCUUGUUGUUGAAAUUUGCCUUCUAGCAAACAUCUGUGCUUUGUUUGACCUUGUAUUUGCUGCCAAACCCGAUAUGGUUGAAUUGGGAAACAAACAAAAAAAGAAAUACAUUUCCUCCCCCAAGUGAACAUCUUCUAAUGCUGCAUCAAAGCUGCCCUGAAGCUGCACUGAACUUCUCUUGUUCUCUUUAUCUGUGUUGAGCUUUUUAAAAAAACAAACUCAAAACACUACUGAGGCAUAUAACGUCUCUUAAAAGAAAUGUAGCAUAGUGUGGAAUCUUAAUUUCUCUCCAGUUUCAAACACUACAGAGGGAUGCAAUAGAUAAGACAUAUUUGCUGUUUAUCUGAAGCAACUGUAAUAUUGGAAGACCAAUCCUUCUGUAUUAUAUUGUAUAAUAGUUGCUGUAACACUACUUGCAUGUCUUCAUGAUAAAUUAUAUAAAUAUUUAUAAAUAUAUAGAGAGACAUAUGCUUAUAUAGACUCAUUCUUUCUCAUUCUCCAUUUGUAAUUUAAAGAUCACAGAUGCUGAAAUUCCUUUUCUAUUGUGUGCCUCAUGUACACUUGGGCCUUGCCUAUCUUCAUUUUCUGAAAAUAUGUUCUUGGCAUGUGACACCUCAGAGUCUUCUUGCCUUCCCUAUGUACAAUCCAAGGAUUGGCAGUCUUUAACAAGCCAAGAUAGGUUAUUUAAUUUUCAUUUUAAAAAUAUUUUGUAAUAGGGAAAAAAUUAUGGGGACAUGCUUGUGUACUGGUUCAAAGAUUUGUCAUGUUAAUCACAUAUUUCUCUCCUUAUAGUAAGAGUGGAUAAACUGGAUGAUAAUGAUGAGUCUGACAGAUUUUUAAAACAUCUCUUAAACAUUGCCAUUCUUUGCUUAUAUCCAUUACUGGAGAUAGUAAAAAAAAAAAAAAAAAAAAUUGCCAUUCUACUUUGCUCUUUUCAUCUCACAUUUUUGGCAGGAGGGUUGGAGGAUAAUGAAGAAAUUAUACUUUUUCUGUUGCAUUAGCAAAAUUGUGCUAAAAGUAGCUAGCUUUAAAUCCCAACCCCUUUAGUCAGAAAUAUGGUAGAAGUAAUCAUUGGAAAAGCUGAUGAGGCUAUGACUGUGGUACAUGUAUGUGAUUUUAUUUCUUAUUGGCAUUUCUCUGCUGGCAGUUGAAACUGACAGUGAGAAUGUGGCAACUGAAUUUUUUCUCUCUUUCUUGAUUCCUUCCAUUUUUUCCCAACCUUUCCAGUGUGUUGCCCCCUUUUCUAAAUGGUGUGGACAAACUCAUCAGGAUCCAGAGAUAAACAGUCUCAUCAUGCAAGAAUAUUUUAUACUGCAUGUAGAGCAAAGAGUUAACCAAAGAUGUUUCUGCUCUGAUACUUUCAAAAGAAAACAGACUAAUUAUAUCAUAGGUAGUAUCAAUAGGCCUGCUUAUAAGUACUGUCCUAUGUAGAGAUUUACUUUUUGGUUUUUACAAGCAUAGUUUGUGCUUUUAGAUGUUAGAUGUCUCU